AUGCAUACAGCCCCUAUCCACCUUAAGUUGAGAGAGCAGCGUGUGCGAUGGUACGGACAAGUUUCAAAUCAUCCGAUAAGGAAGGUAAUGGAGUUCGAGGCUCGAAGGAAGGAGCCAAUGACCACGAGGAGCACUGGAGAAGAGGUGGCGAAUCGUGAUCGAGGUCUUCGCCGAAGGACAUGGAGACGCCUGACAAAGCCAGGGUUCGAAUAG